AAACAAUAAAUAAAUAAAUAAAAAUAAGAGGCGAGAGCUACAAAACGAGGCCGAAAGCGACCAAAUCUCGCGACGAAUUCCGCCUCCACUUUCCCUUCCCUUCCCUUCCCUUCCCUUCCUCCUCCUCGGCCUCGCCUCGCCGCCGCGAUCCAAAUCCGAAUCCGGCGAUGGACGCCGGGGCGCAGCCGCCGGACACGGAGAUGGCGGAGGCCGGCGCUGGGGCUGGGGACGGGCAGCAGCCGGCGGCGGCGGGGGCGGGGAUGAUGGAGAACAUCCAGGCGACGCUGAGCCAUGGCGGGAGGUUCAUCCAGUACAACAUCUUCGGGAACGUGUUCGAGGUCACCGCCAAGUACAAGCCCCCCAUCCUCCCCAUCGGCAAGGGCGCCUACGGCAUCGUCUGCUCGGCGCUCAACUCGGAGACGGGGGAGCAGGUGGCGAUCAAGAAGAUCGCCAACGCGUUCGACAACAAGAUCGACGCCAAGCGCACGCUCCGGGAGAUCAAGCUGCUCCGCCACAUGGACCACGAGAAUAUAGUUGCCAUAAGGGAUAUCAUACCUCCUCCACAGAGAAAUUCAUUCAAUGAUGUUUAUAUUGCUUAUGAAUUGAUGGAUACUGAUCUGCAUCAAAUAAUUCGCUCAAAUCAAGCAUUGUCAGAGGAGCACUGCCAGUAUUUCCUUUAUCAGAUUCUUCGUGGCUUGAAGUAUAUACAUUCAGCAAAUGUCCUUCACCGGGACUUGAAGCCUAGCAACCUACUUUUGAAUGCAAAUUGCGAUCUCAAAAUUUGUGAUUUUGGACUUGCUCGUACCACCUCAGAAACUGAUUUUAUGACUGAGUAUGUUGUCACAAGAUGGUAUAGGGCACCGGAACUUCUGUUGAAUUCCUCUGAAUAUACUGCAGCGAUUGAUGUGUGGUCAGUGGGCUGUAUUUUUAUGGAACUCAUGGAUCGGAAGCCUUUGUUUCCUGGAAGAGAUCAUGUCCAUCAACUGCGUCUACUAAUGGAGCUCAUUGGGACGCCAAACGAGGCUGAUCUGGAUUUUGUAAAUGAAAAUGCCAGAAGAUACAUCCGUCAACUUCCACGCCAUGCAAGGCAGUCCUUUCCUGAAAAAUUUCCACAUGUUCAUCCUUUGGCAAUUGACCUGGUUGAGAAGAUGUUGACGUUUGAUCCUAGGCAGAGAAUAACAGUUGAAGGUGCCCUUGCACAUCCUUACCUGGCAUCACUGCAUGACAUAAGUGACGAGCCAGUCUGCUCAUCACCCUUCAGCUUUGACUUCGAGCAGCAUGCAUUGUCCGAGGAACAAAUGAAGGAUCUAAUCCACCAAGAAGGCAUUGCUUUCAACCCUGAUUACCAGUAGGUGGUGUUCUGUUUCAGCUUUGGAUUGAUUCUAUUCAUGGAGUUUUUUCACCUGCGCCACAAAAGGUCGCCGACAGUGAUCAGUAGUUGUAAAUAAUUGCCUCACCUGAAAAUCCUCCUUGGUUAAAAGUGAAGGUGCUGUUCUAAGAGUAGAAAAAUACUUCGUGAUCAAGUUCCUGGGUAGCUAUGCAUUCUUAUGCUGUAUGUUGUUUCAUGUGGGAUUUUUUUCUUUUCAUCUUAAAAAGUUUUUAGUCUCUUUUGUAAGAAGAGUUAGUUCAUGAACGAUGACGGCCUAAAUCCAGCGGUUAUCAUCAAAUUUCCCAUUUCUUGUCGAUU